CAGCCCUAGCAGUGACUCUCCCUCGUGUCUACAAGAACCGAGGCCUUCCAACUGCGUCGCACGGAUCCCGCGGGGAAUCCUAUGAAAGGUUGCUGUGGAGCACAGAGCUUUGUGGUUAUCGCCGCAGAUCAAAGCGUUUGUGCCAGCACUCAAUGCCUUAGAUUCCCAACUUUGUGUAAUGUUUUAGUCCAAUCUUGAGGCAGACCCAUCCCCUCACAGAUUGCAUUGGUUAAAAAUCUCCAGCGAGAGUAAUGACUGGCGAGCUUGGGACACCAUGGAUCCUGUUGCCAUCCGCUACCAGCAUCGCAGCAGAAUUGACAUUCUGAAGCCGAUACUGCGGGCGUAUGCUCUUGGAUACUUGUCUUCAACCACCCCGAGAAUAAUUUCCUGUCUACGGCGCAUUCAGGACAAAAGGCUCACCAACACAGACAGGCUGAAAGAGCUGUUCCAUACGUUGACCAAUGCGUUACGGCUCGAAAGCUUUCCCACGUUCUGUGCUCUUCUGAUUGGUGGUUCAACUAUUACUCCCUUAAUACUUUCACGCUGUCUUGAGCAUGUACGCCACAAGUUUAAGCUCAACACCUCUAAGUGCACUUCGCAGCUCAUGCAAAUUAUUCGGUUUGUCUCGGCAUUCUUAUCUGCCUGGUACACAUUUCAGCUCUUGAAUAAGAAGCCCAUUAAAAUACAGGGUAAAUCGAGGGUUCCUGAUGAUUGCAACUCGACGCAUAGCGCUGUGGGGCUGGCGAACAUUAGAGAAGCACCAUGCGAAAAUCCUCAAUUUGUCGGCCGGAGCAUGGAUCUUACGCUCUUUAGCCUCACACGCGCUGCGGACUUGAUCGUGUGCAUAGGCUGGCAGCGAUGGCAGCGAUGCAAGGACAGAAACCACUGGACCUUGGCAGAGCGUGUAGCGCCCAAGCUUGCUGAUGCUGGUGCAUUCGCUGCUAGUGCAGCGAUAGUUAUGUGGGCAUGGUUCUAUAUGCCAGAAAGGCUGCCAAGGUCUUAUGAAAGGUGGAUUGGGGAAGUAGCAAAGGUUGACGCUAGGCUGAUUGAAGCACUGCGUCGUGCCAGAAGAGGUGUAUUGGUAUAUGGGAAGGAUACUGGACAGGCUCCUCUCCUACAAUCCAUGUGCAGGGACUACGGUUGGCCUCUUAACUGGGGUGAUCCCUCGAGCACUGUCCCUAUACCGUGCGAGAUGGUCCACAUGGGAUGUGGUCCGAGCUGUGAGAAACAUGCAGUAUCUAGAUUUGCUCGAACAUUCAAGUUUGCUUGUGCGACUUACAUUCCUAUACAGCUUCUCCUGCGUCUGCGCAAGUUGAAUUCAAUGUCGUCACUCAAGCACGCCUUAUCAACCGCCCUGCGCUCGUCUGCGUUCCUUGCUUCGUUUGUGAGCAUGUUCUAUUACUCAGUGUGCCUCGCCAGAACAAGGCUAGGCCCCAAGAUCCUUCCCCGUGACACAAUCACACCCAUAAUGUGGGAUUCUGGGCUUUGUGUUGGCGCGGGAUGUCUCAUGUGCGGAUGGAGUAUACUCAUCGAGAGUGCGCAGAGACGGCAAGAAAUUGCAUUGUUUGUAGCACCCAGAGCCGCAGCAACUGCUAUGCCGAGGUUCUAUGAUAAGAAGUACUUGUAUCGUGAACGCAUUGCAUUCGCUAUCAGCGCUGCUGUUCUUCUAACGUGUGCACACGAACGCCCCGAGAUGGUCCGAGGAGUUUUUGGAAGGGUGGCAGCAAGUGUCUUACGAUGACCGCGCAUGAGCGACUCCCU